CAGCAGCUCAGGGCCUACCUCCAGAGCUCCUCUCUGUGAUGCUUUGCCUUCCCUCUGUCAGGACCCUCCUCUGUGGAUAUGACUUGGUUUCUGUGUCUGUGUGUGUUUUUGGCCGUGGGCCUGGCUUUGUUAGCAUUGCAGUUGAAGCUCAGGAUGUCCACACAUGGCCCCCAGGAGCCCCCCCACCUCCCAGCGUUACCCGUUAUCGGCAGUCUGCUGAGUCUGCGGAGCCCACACCCUCCUCAUGUGCUUUUCAAAAAUCUGCAGGAAAAGUAUGGACAGACGUACUCUCUGAUGAUGGGCUCCCACUGUGUCAUCGUCGUCAACCAGCACCCACAUGCCAAAGAGGUCCUGCUUAAGAAGGGAAAGAUAUUUGCAGGAAGGCCCAGAUCUGUAACCACAGAUGUUCUGACCAGAGAUGGGAAAGACAUCGCAUUUGGAGACUACAGUGCUACCUGGAGAUUCCACAGGAAAAUAGUCCAUGGAGCUCUGUGCAUGUUUGGAGAGGGCUCUGCCUCCAUCCAGAAGAUCAUCUAUGCAGAGGCACAGUCUCUGUGCUCCAUCCUGUCUGAGACAGCAGCUGCUGGACUGGCCCUGGAUCUGUCCCCUGAGCUGACUCGCUCUGUCACCAACGUCAUCUGUUCGCUCUGCUUCAACUCCUCCUACCAUAGAGGAGACAAAGAGUUUGAGGCCAUGCUGCGCUACAGUCAGGGAAUUGUGGACACUGUGGCAAAGGACAGCCUGGUGGACAUCUUCCCCUGGUUACAGAUUUUUCCUAAUGCAGAUCUGCAUCUUCUAAAGCAGUGUGUUUCAAUCAGAGACCAACUUCUACAAAAGAAAUAUGACGAACACAAGGCAGACUACAGUGACCAUGUGCAGAGAGACCUGCUGGACGCUCUGCUGAGAGCCAAACACAGCGCUGAGAACAACAACACAGCAGAGAUCGGUGCAGAGUCUGUGGGCCUCAGUGAUGACCACCUCCUCAUGACUGUGGGUGACAUCUUUGGAGCCGGUGUGGAAACCACCACCACCGUGCUCAAAUGGGCUGUCAUCUACCUCAUCCAUCACCCACAGGUGCAGAGGCGUAUCCAGGAGGAGCUAGACAGUAAGGUUGGGGGGGACCGGAACCCGCAGCUCAGUGACAGAGGCAGUCUGCCCUACCUGGAGGCCACCAUCAGGGAGGUAUUACGGAUCCGCCCUGUGGCCCCUCUGCUCAUCCCCCAUGUGGCCCUCAGUGACACCAGCAUCGGGGAUUUCACAGUGAGAAAAGGAACUCGAGUCAUCAUCAACCUGUGGUCUCUGCACCAUGAUGAGAAGGAGUGGAAAAACCCUGAGCUCUUUGACCCUGGUCGGUUCUUGAACACUGAAGGAACAGGUCUGAUCAUCCCAUCACCCAGCUACCUGCCGUUUGGUGCUGGGAUCAGGGUGUGCCUGGGUGAGGCCUUGGCCAAGAUGGAGCUCUUCCUCUUCUUGUCGUGGAUCCUACAGCGCUUCACCCUCUCUGUCCCACCUGGCCACCCUCUGCCCAGUCUGGAGGGCAAGUUUGGUGUGGUCCUCCAGCCAGCCAAAUACAAGACUCAAUUAAAGACUUACGAACCGCCACACGGCGACAACAUGCCGCGGUCUUUCUUAGUAAAGAAACAACACAGCGCCAAGAGAGCAAACUAUGGCAGACUGGAGUCACACACUGACGAGGCACCCUGCAGCAUCCAUGAAGACUCUCUACUGCACAGUUAUAUCCAACCUCCCCAUCACUGUCCAGCCUCAAGCCCACAACUACAGCAGAGUGCCCAGUCUCUCUCCUUCUCCCGUCCUCUGUCUCUUAGAGCAGACAGUCUUCAUCUUCCAUCUUCUCCGAACACCUCCCCUGUCUCCUGUUUGCUCUUUCCAGAGACUCACAGCAGAAGCCCUGUAGAUGCCUACAAACCAGCUGAGUCCUGCACCAACGUGAACCUGGAAAUCCAGUGUAUCACAGGAGACCACAGGAGAAGAGAGAGCCUCUUCCCCUCAUCCCUCCCUCUCCUGUCCCUCUUCCCAGCCAUCCCUCUCUGUGGCAGCAGCCAGGAGAGUUUUGAGUGUUUGGACUGUCAUAAAGAGUACUUGAGCUUCUCGGGACAGGCCAAACACAAGCAGCUCCAGUGUGAGUGGAGCAGUAAGAAGUACUUCAGCUGUAAGUACUGUGAGAAGGAGUAUGUCAGCCUGGGGGCACUCAAGAUGCACAUCAGGACACACACACUACCUUGUGUGUGUAAACUCUGUGGCAAGGCAUUCUCCAGACCCUGGCUGCUUCAGGGACAUAUACGAACACACACAGGAGAGAAACCGUUCUCAUGCCUACACUGUAGCAGAGCUUUUGCUGACCGAUCCAACCUACGAGCUCACCUCCAAACCCACUCUGAAGUGAAAAAGUACCAGUGUACAAGCUGCUUCAAGACCUUCUCCAGGAUCUCACUGUUAGCCAAGCACCAAGAGGCUGGCUGCCCGCUGUCCUGACAGCAACAGCCUGUUAACUUCAACCUGGCCCUAAUACCCCAUGUUACUGAGCUCAUCCCCCUAAUUGUUAUCCAACAUGCUUGAUGUUUUGAGGUGGAAUUACAUUUUUAUGCCCCAUCACUGAUGUCUCCAGUAUAGGUUUCUAAUUUUUAGUUAUGUGUCGAAUUUCAAUUGUUGAUAUCACCACCACAAUAGCACUAAUGAUGUUGUCCAUUAUCAGGCUUUAAACAUAGAUCUUACAGUAAUUAUUAAUGUGUCAUUUACUGUGACAGCAAGCAGGGAUCGCUUUGUGUAGAGGGUUUGCAGAGAAUAUGUCUUGUCUGUGUUAGAUUUGUUAGUGAAAGAAAAUUACUGAGUCUUCAACUUGCUUUGUGUUUUCAUAGAGGGCAUCAAAGAUGUUGUUUAUUUGUAGGGAUUUUACCAAUGGAUUUUGGAUUACUGCAGAAAAUAAGCUCUGUGGCAAAUGUUUCUGAUACUUACACAUUUUGUUUAGCAAGAUAAUCUUCACAUAUGAACACCUCUUUCAUAAAUAUUGAAGUGUUCCUGCACCACGGUAUUCUCAAUCCUCUCAGCUGUCAUCAGAAACUUAAAGCAGAAAACAACUGCCCAAUCUCAUUUCUUAAAGACCCUGAGUUGUAUCCCUCUGUAGAUAGUCUCCACAGUACAUGGAAUAGUGUUGACUAUGGCGUACGGCAGGUAUGUGCACAAGCUUCAUUGCUGGAUCAUAACCUCUUAACGCACAAUCAUAAAUACAAUUUUAGUGAGCAGUCUUGUAAAGUGAGCAAUCAAAGGAACUAAAUGGUCAUUUUGGCCAACAUCUGGAUGAAAACAUCGUCUAUUUGGCCCUACACAAACAGUCACACUGGCUGCGUUCAGGUUCUAGAUGUUAAGGCUGUUUUUCUUUUGCUAUAAGCUCAAGAGAAAAAUGAAAAUGCAAUCACUCACAAUGUAGUCAGAUGGAUUACUGAGUUCAGAGGAGUAUUGUGAAUGGGCUACACCUUACAGUCAACCAAAAAUAAUUUUGAACUAAGUGGCUAAAACUUUAGAAGUACUGAAAAAUCUGAUGCUCUGUUAAAACUGCAUUUUAGUGCAUAUGUUUGUGUUUAAAAUGCUUGUUAAAUCCUGACCCUUUUAUGUCCUUGUUUCAGUUUGUGACAACAUCAGGGAACAAAUCAGAAGUCAUCUUUGCACUGGAAGUGAUAAAUCCAGAUUUAAUUUCAUUGAAAGCAAGCAGUUUCAUAUUAAUUUUCAACAGAUUUCCUUUUGUGUCUCCUACACAGCUAGCAAACGUACAGAAUGCAUUUCAUAUUAAACAUUUGCAAAACCUUUUUGCUUGCUCGUGGUGUGCAAUGUGUUGGUUAGCCUCUAGAGCAACACGGGGGCAGCUCAUCAAAACAUCGCUCUGCAGCACAAAGUCUCCUAUCCUGCAUUACAUUAAAAGUUGAGCCUGUUUUCUGACACAGCCAGAGUUGAUUUGCCACAUCUUUUGAAACAUCACCAGUCAAACGAUACCUGAAUAUGCUGUUUUUUGCGCUGGUGGUCUGAUCCUGGGCCGCUUGUCUGCUUGCCCAGCACACACUAACUUCUCAGUAGCACUAACACCCAACCCUGAGCCAAUGAACAGUCUCGACAAAUUCACACUGAUAGCGAAACAGCUUGACUCUGUCGACUUGUCUCUGUCAUUAAACCAAAAAAGUCAAUAACUGUUAGGUUAUGUUAGUCAUGUCAUGUCUAACAGUUUGCUUGGGCUGCUGUCUGCAGUUUAGUAAAAAGUUUUUCCACCAGCAGCAAAGGUACUGGAGUUUCUCUCACAACGCUACAAACACUUGACCUGCCCUACACCUGUAGUUAGAGUAUAAGCACCUGUUGUUUGCUCAUCAGAAUGGCUUUGUUAUGAUGUAAUGGAAUGCUAUGAACAGUAACUGUCUGUGGAACAAGGUCUAAAUAUUCCCAGCCACUCAGCCAGGUUCAUUUUCAAUACACACAGAUGCUAUUCUGACUCUCUGCAGGUCUAUAAAUACAUGGAAAGCUUUUUAUAUUAGGCAUGAGGGCAGCUCUCCAUCUCAGUGUGUCAGUAAUACAAGACAGCGCCACCAGAUUUAGCUGCUGUCAAGACAUGAGGCCUAUUUUUAGCCUACGAUAUUAGGCCACCGGAUACAGUAAAAAAAAAAAAAAUCGUGCGUGUUUGUGUAUGAUAGAUAGGGGGAAGUAAAUGACACAAUGGCAAUCAGAUUAUGUUGGUAUUUUCCACAGUGAAUGUUUGAGUGUUUCCGUAAAGUCCCUCACCACAGGCCUCUGAUGCCCUGCAGAUGACUCUGUGUUACACUUGUUACCAAGACAUCUGUCAGUGUGUGGAAUAGUUUGUUUGUGUGUGCUAAUAAGGUUUGAAGGAUGAAGAAGGUCACAUGCUGUGGAGAAGUCAGAUGAGGGGAAGUAGAGGGAACUGUUAAGGUUGUGUUUAAGGCUUUAUGAGUCAAAGUGUUAUGAAUGCUGACCAUUAAAAUGGCAUUUGAACAUAUGCUUAGGUGUAGAAUUGUAAAUAUUUAAGGUGUCUGGCUAAGCAAAGCCUGGCAUUUAUUUCUGUUUUUUAACAUUCUUGGAUUUUACCUGAAGUCUGCACUACAAAGCCAGUUCAACUUACCCAGGAUAGCUUCUUGUUAUCUGGUUUGACUAACCCUAACACUGGCCGUCUGGAUAAAUGGUAUUACCUAGCUGGUUUUCAAUCAGUUCAGUCAACUCUGGGUUUUGCUAUCCAGCCAUGGGUGUGUUCAUGUGAAAGAGUAUUUUUUGCUGUUUAGUUGGAUGAUGAUGAAACUACUCUGAAUGUCAUAUAAAACACUUUAAAGUGAUUCUGCUACUAAAGUAAAGGGUGGAAAAGUAGUUUAUGACUAAUGAGGUCUAUCUUAUUGAAAUGUGGCAUUUAUACUAACAGGAGCCAAUUAGCAGUGUGGAUUGUUUUACUAAUAAAAUUCUAUGUUUUUUCCUAGUUCUUACCACAUAGAUGUCUCAUGUUAUUUUGAGCUGCAGUAUAAACGUAGCAGCACUAUCACUGCAGACUAAUAUAAACUUGCAUAAUUUCAAAUAAUGCCAGAAUCAUGUGUUUAGUGUUGUAAACGAUCUUUCCAUUUGUUAGAAGCUCUGAUUUAAAACCAGUGGAAAUAGAGCCCUGGAACAAUUAAAUGAUUCUACUGACCUGUAACAGCAUAUAGGCUCCUCCUUUUUACCUCUGGACUUUUGUUCAUGGAUACUUUU